CCGGUGCGGGGCGCUGUGUCCGGCUCUGCAGCCACGUCUCCGCAGAGCGAGCCGCCAACCGGGUGGCCCCCACCAGCCUUCUGGUCCCAGCCUGUCGAGCCAGCCAGACUGGGCGGACAGUUGCAGCGCCGCCGCCAGCUCUGCUCCUCCUUCGGCGGGGCCGCGGGCGCGAUGCGGCCCCCGCCGCUGCUGUGGCUGGGCCUGGUGCUCGGGGUGCUGGGCGCUGCGUGCGGGGGACCCAGCGACCAGCACUACGUCGACGGCGAGCACCGGGCCGACUACGACCGGGAGGCGCUGCUCGGAGGCCAGGAUGAAGCGGAGGAAUAUACUAAACUCAGUCCAGAGGAACAGCAAAAGAGACUGAAGGCCAUCAUAAAGAAAAUUGACUUGGACUCCAAUGGAUUCCUUACUGAUGAUGAACUAAGUUCAUGGAUCCAGCAAUCGUUUAAGCAUUAUGUUACGCAAGAGGCUAAACAACAGUUUGGUGAAUAUGAUAAAGAUGGUGAUGGAUUAGUAUCUUGGGAGGAGUACAACAUUCAAAUGUAUGAUCGUGUAAUUGACUUUGAUGAGAAUACUGUCCUGGAAGAUCAAGAAGAAGAAUCAUUUAGACAGCUUCAUUUAAAGGACAAGAAGCGGUUUGAAAAAGCCAAUAGAGAUGAAGUUCCUGGUCUGAAUCUGAAUGAAUUUAUUGCUUUUGAGCAUCCCGAAGAAGCUGAGUAUAUGACGGAAUUUGUCAUUCAGGAGGCUUUAGAAGAACAUGAUAAAAAUGGUGAUGGACUUGUGAGCCUGGAAGAGUUCCUUGGUGACUACAGAAGAGAUCCAACUGCAAAUGAAGAUCCAGAAUGGAUACUUGUCGAGAAGGAUCGAUUUGUUAAUGAUUAUGACAAGGAUAAUGAUGGAAAACUCAACCCUCAAGAACUGCUGACGUGGGUAGUACCUAAUAAUCAGGGUAUUGCACAAGAGGAGGCUCUUCAUCUGAUUGAAGAAAUGGAUUUGAAUGAUGAUAAAAAGCUCUCUGAGGCAGAGAUUCUUGAGAACCAGGAUUUGUUCCUUACAAGUGAAGCAACAGAUUAUGGCAGGCAGCUCCAUGAUGAACGUUUCUACCAUCAAGAACUUUAGUUUACUCAUUUGUGAUCUUGCUGCCUCUGUGUUCCUAAACUGGAGUUUUUCUUUAGGGUACUCAAAUUUAUAAGCUGCAUUGUAAGUUUUACUUUGUGUGAUUUAUAAAAUACUAGUGUUUGUGUAAGUGUUUUGCAUUCUAAAUUUAAUUACUUAAGUACUUUUGCAAGUUUCCAUAGGCUUUUUCAGCCUUCAGAACUAAUCUGAAAUAUUUAGUAUUCCUCGAAUUGCAGCAUUAACAUUUUUGGCAUCUGAAAAAGUAAACAUUCUUAAAUAAUCUAUAUGUUUAGUACUGUAUUGUGAAAUGAGUUGUACUACCGUACUUGAAGAGUCUUAAUGAUUCUGAAAAAAGGCAAAAUGUGUGAGAUAAGCAAAAAUUACUAAUAAUUUAUUUAGGUGGUUAAUGUUUUUCAGAAGUUAUGGUGGGGAGUGGGAGAGUAGCAAUGUUUAGGUUCACUAUUAAAGAUGUUUUAUUUAAUACCCUUGGAGGAACAUUCAAAAGGAUUAAUACCUCAAUUGUUCAAGAGGUUUCUGCUUAUUUUUAAAUGAUUUCUAUAGCAGGUUAAUUGUAUGAUAUAAAACCUUAUAUUUUUGCAUCUGUACAGAUAGUAAUUAUUUUUAAUGUAUAAUUCUACAUCAUUAGAGGUACAUGUGGUAUUUCAGUGUCAGAACCCUCUUCAUUUGUCAGAUUAAAACAGUUAAACGCUC